AUGGGCGAUGGUGAGAUUCAUCUUGAGAACAAAAAAUCCAAUUUAUCAGGCUGCAUUUUUAGAAAUUGGAACACUCAGCAUUCAAGCACUGUCUCAGAGACUGUCAAGGCCAAAUUCACGGGGAAGGUGGAAGAACAAUGGACUGUCGAAAAAAACGUGCAAAAAACUGCAGUGGAGAUGAUUUGGGAAAAGAAACCGGCGCGAAAGGAUCGGUUCGACGAAAAUACUACUGUGAUUUCGUCCACGUCUGACCGAAAGGGCGGAGCUUGCAAUACGGUACUAAAGAACCCGUCCAAUUCAUUAGACCAAAAGAGAUAUUUCAAAACCCAACAACCAAUGAAGCUCGAGAUUACGAACGAAUCGUGGACAAAACUAGGUGAAGAAUUUCAGUCAUACACUGAUCGCCGUCUCCACAAAGCUCCUUGGAGCACCAAAAGUCGAAUGAGCCUAAAUCGAAUAUCGAUGAGUUCAUUCAAGAUAUUUGGACUGGCCGAAAGCUUGCGAAAUGUGAAAUUAUGCUAG